AAAAAAUAAAAGGAAGAGAGAAGUAGCCGCCGACCCUCGCGGACCACCAAAACAAAGGCGACACGCAUUUUUAAUUACUUUGUAUGAUUCUCCUCGCUGGUCUUCAUUCGAUUAAAAAAAAAGGGUUACCAUUUGACUCUAUUUGUUUGUCAGAUGGCAGCCUGCCUAAAUCACAGUCGUUUACAGUAAACAUGAAACUCUCUCAGCUCUAAAUGCUCACACUUGAACUUUUCCUAGGGUUUGGACUCAAACCGGUAGAUUGAGGAGAAAUGGCUAACCAAGGCGCCAAGAAGCGCAGAGAUGAGAACCAGCGCCAUAUGGCCACGUUGCUUCGCCUCAUUGCCAUCGCUAAUGUUGUAUAUAUCCUGGUGAGAAUGUUGAUAUUUCAUUCAUCAUUCACUUGGAAACAUUGGAUAGGCCUUGCUGUAACUUCUGCUGCCUAUGCAUUGCCAUAUCUUCAACUAUCCAGUAUGGCUCAGCCAUCUUAUGAAGAAAACGGUGAUCUUUUGGAUGGGGGAUUUGACUUGAGCACUGGUGGAAUUUGUGGGUAUUUACAUGAUGUGAUCUACAUUACAAGUUUUGUUCAAUUGGGAUCAAUCAUAUCAGCUAAAUUUUGGUAUGCAUAUCUAGUGAUUCCUGCUUUUGCUGCUUACAAGCUUUAUGAUAUUUCCAAGGGAUGGUUCCAGAGUUCGGCGGAGGAACCAGAGGAUGAAAAGUCACGGAGGAAAAGGGAGAAAAUGGAACGAAAGGCUUCAAGGCCUAAAUUUGUUCGUGGGAAAAACAGAUGAAUUGAACUGUGGAAUAGAUACCUAGAGAAGGGUGUUUUUGAGCAUUUGUAGCAAAUGAAGCAUCACAUGAAGCUGAGUUUGAUUAAGAGGAAAUUUCUCUAAAUAGAAAUGAUCCGUUACAUCACCUUUGUUGAUGAUGGAAUGACAUUAUAAGCAGUUAAUCAUAAAUAAUUUUGAUAUUGCUAUCAGGUUUCAAGUCAAACUCACUGAUCCAUAAUUGAUGAAUCUUGAUAGAAAUAUCAUAAUUUGACACACUGCAGAAAAUACCUCCUGCUUAUCACAAAUAAUCUAUUCAAUCAUUGAGAUACCAAUCAUAAAUUUCAGGGUGCUUCUAGUUUUAUCUU